AUGAUGAAGAAUGAAUCCAACAAAAGUGGAACCCAGUACUAUGACUAUGACUAUGACCUCCCUGAAUGCACAGAAGACUUGUGUUCUUACUUUUCUGUUCAUACUCUGAUUCCUGUGACCACCGUUUCUCUUCUUGUCAUGGUGGUUGGUCUCAUAGGAAACGCCAUCACCAUCCUUAUCAUCAAAACAUACAAAGAUAUGAAGACAACCACAAACUUCUACUUGUCCAGCAUGGCAGUGUCUGACAUGAUCAUCCUUCUUUGUUUGCCAUUUGACUUGUAUCGUCUUUGGAAGUCAAGACCAUGGAUUUUUGGAGAUUUCCUCUGCAAAUUUCAAAAUUUCAUCAGUGAAGGAUGCACCUAUUCAACAAUCCUACACAUCACAGCACUGAGCAUGGAGAGGUAUUUAGCCAUCUGUUUCCCCCUGAAAGCCAAGGUUUUUAUCACCAAGAGAAGGGUUAAGGUGGUCAUCGCCUCCCUGUGGGUUUUUGCCCUGUUAUCAGCCGGUCCUUUCUAUUUUUUGGUGGGCAGCGAGCAGCUCUACAACAUGAGCAGCGAUUCCGGGAGCAGCUGGGAGUGCAGGUACACGUCCUAUGCCUCCAGCUCGGGGCUUCUCAACGUUAUGAUGUGGGUGACCACCGUGUACUUCUUCGUUCCUAUGUUCUGCUUAACUAUACUAUAUGGCUUCAUUGGGAAAACCUUGUGGAAAGGCAAAGAUGCGUUAAGGGGACCAAAUGCGGCUCGCCGAGAGAAAUGCCACAAACAAACCGUUCGCAUUCUAGUGGUGGUCGUCUUGUCUUUUAUAAUUUGCUGGCUGCCAUUCCACAUUGGAAGAAUUAUCUUUGUGCACACAAGAGGGUUCCAGAUGUUGAAGGUAUCUCAAUAUUUCAACACUGUUGCAAUGCAGCUUUUCUACCUGAGUGCAUCUAUCAACCCAAUCUUGUAUAAUGUCAUCUCUAAGAAAUUCCGGGCUGCAGCUUACAAACUCCUACGACCCAGCUCAUCAAAAGAAAAGUCCUAUAACGUUAUCAAGGAAGACACUGGAGUCAACACCGAGAUCACCAUUUGUAUCAAAAAUGAAUACAUCACCCACAUCUGA